AUGUUAUAUGUGUGAUAUGCAAUCUUUGUUAUAAAGAAAACAAUGAAAAAAAUAUUCCGGUUAAACGGAGUUCGCAACGCUUUCGAUAAUAUUAAAGUUCAAAGUUGAACCUGACUUAUACGGAUGAUCGCUUUUGAUAAUAUUAACUUUUGGCAUUUUGCUAAUUUAAACUAUUUUUUAAAAAUUGGUCCGUGGGAUUAACCUAAUUUGUUAAUAUUUUCCUAAAAUUUUAGUUGGGUGGAGUUGAUAUUUUAUAUUAUUUUUUAAUAAAAAUAUGUGUAAUUACAAAUUGUAUUCUUCAAAGUCGUUCUAAAAUAUAAAACUAAUGAAUCAAUUCUAAAAAAAUAUAAAUAAAUGAUGAAUUACUCGAACUAACGAUCCAAAAAUAAUAUAAAAAAGGGAACAGGCACGGCGGGAGGGUUUCAAGUAAUCAAGUUGCAGUAGAAGGAAUACCGAAAACGUAAAUCAUGGGAUGGGCAAUAGCUUUGCACGGCGGAGCCGGCGAUAUUCCGGUCGAUUUACCAGCUGAACGCCGUGAACCUCGAGAAGCUGCCCUCCGCCGUAUCCUUCAGAUCGGUGUCUCCGCUCUUAAUGCCAAAUGCUCUCCCUUAGAUGUCGUUGAACUUGUGGUAUGUGAACUGGAAAACUGUCCAGACUUCAAUGCUGGUAAAGGAUCUGUUCUAACCACCAAUGGAACAGUUGAGAUGGAAGCUUGCAUCAUGGAUGGAAUUUCAAAAAGAUGUGGUGCAGUUUCUGGUGUCACAACAGUUGUCAAUCCCAUCUCUUUAGCCAGAAAAGUCAUGGAAAAAACUCCUCAUAUUUAUCUUGCUUUUGAUGGAGCAGAGUCCUUCGCAAGAGAACAGGGGCUCAAAACUGUAGAUAAGAGCCAUUUCAUCACUCCUGAAAACAUCCAGAGAUUAAAGCAAGCAAAAGAAUCCAACAGAGUUCAACAAGACUAUACACAACCUAUUAAAACACCAGAUGAGAAGGUUGCUGACGGGGAUAGCAAACUUGGAACCGUCGGAUGUGUGGCGGUGGACGGUCUCGGCAACCUAGCCGCCGCCACUUCCACCGGCGGUCUGGUCAACAAAAUGGCGGGAAGGAUCGGAGAUACGCCCAUCAUCGGUGCAGGGACCUACGCGAAUAAGUUGUGUGCCGUUUCUGCAACCGGUAGAGGUGAAGCCAUAAUACGGGACACGGUGGCGAGGGAUGUGGCGGCGGUUAUGGAGUAUAAAGGUUUAGGUCUGAAGGAGGCGGCGGCGUAUGUUGUACAUGAGGUUACGCCGAAGGGUACCACCGGGUUGGUGGCGGUGUCUGGUGGUGGUGAGGUUGCUAUGCCUUUUAAUACGACGGGUAUGUUUAGGGCUUCGGCUACUGAAGAUGGGUUUAUGGAGGUUGCGAUUUGGUGAUUUGAGUGAUCGAUUUCAUCUUAUGUUCAUUAAUGUGUUAAUGACUUAAUGGGGUAGUUAUAUUUGUCUUAAUCUAUUAAGAUAUCAGUAAUUUCUCUAUUUGUUUUAUUUUCGUCUUAAUUUCUUUCGUGAUAAAUUUAAUAAAUAUUUAUAAAAUUUAUCGAUAAA